AUGUGGCACAUGAGUCCAGAUUGCCUUGUUUGGUUAUCGGAGACCGAUGGUGGUGGAAGUGACCGGAAGAGAUUUCUGGCCAUGAAAUUGCUACAUUUUCCUCUCUGUGCUUAUAUGGCUUUGGAUCUAUGUCAACGGGGAGAAUUCUUACUUCGGCCUUUGAAAUUGCUUGUUCCAGAAAAAUUGUGGGAUGUCCGUUCAGUUGUCAGUAAAGUGUGGUCAGAGAAUUUAUUUUCCAGUGAGAGUUGUUUCUUGCUUACAACUGUUCUGCACUAUGCUUUAUUCUUGAAUGAAGUAAACCUGGGACUUCAAAAUAUGGGCGUUCAUCAGAUAACGUUCUACAAUUAUGUGACAGUAAUCUCUGAAGAUCUUAAAGAAGCUAUCAAAUUUUUACUAGUGAAAAUGGCCAUUGACCAGCUUAUUGACUCGUACGUCCCUUAUACAGUGAAGCCGAUAAUUGCACAUGCAUAUGCUGGACCAUUUAUUUUCUUGUAUGUAGGAUGGGCUUAUUUAUGGUUUAGUGUUUAUGGAAUGAACGAGUAUUGGGAGUUAGGAUGCAUCAUCAUGGCUGCCAUUGGUAUUUUGCAGGAGUCCAAUGUUGAGAAAGCUACAGUUGUAAAAGUAGUUCCAACCCCAAACAAUGGAUGGGCAGAAGUGGUUCCUUUGCGUAGGACUAAACUGAUCAAUGGAAAAAUAAAAUUGUGGUUCGAAUUUCAAAAAGUGCAUUACACAUUCAUUGUGGAAAGGAAGACUUUUCUGGCCUUGGAACUGGACACAAACCAGCCAAUGUCUUAUUUUCAUGAGUCACGAGGACUUGAAACACAUGAAGCGAUUUUAGAAAGAAAACAAGAUUUGGGGGAUAACAGAAUGGAAAUGAUUAUUCCUCAGUUCAUGGAGCUUUUCAAGGAACGAGCUACGGCACCAUUUUUUGUGUUUCAGGUUUUUUGUGUCGGGUUGUGGUGUUUGGAAGAUAUGUGGUACUAUUCGUUAUUCACACUAGUGAUGCUUAUGACUUUUGAAGCGACUCUUGUUAAGCAGCAGCUGAAAAAUAUGUCUGAAAUUCGUAAUAUGGGUAAUAAACCGUAUAUCAUUAAUGUAUACAGGAAUAAACGUUGGAAUCGUAUAAAUAGUGAUGAACUACUUCCUGGCGAUAUCGUUUCUAUAAGUCGCUCACCGGAUGAAAAAGCGGUUCCGUGCGACUUAUUAUUGUUAAGAGGUCCCUGCAUCGUUGAUGAAUCUAUGCUUACCGGCGAAAGCGUACCUCAAAUGAAGGAACCGAUAGAAGAUGUUGAGAAAUCGCGUUAUUUUGAUAUCGAAGCGGAUAGUCGUUUGCAUGUCGUAUUCGGUGGCACAAAAGUUGUUCAACAUACUUCACCUGGUGAGCUUGCAUUGCUAUAUACGUUAUCAAAUAUCGCUUCGGCUAUCCUCAGAACAAAAAAUGAAGCCGGCAUAAAAGCACCGGACGGUGGAUGCAUUUGCUACGUUUUACGAACGGGAUUUAAUACUAGUCAGGGGAAAUUGUUACGUACAAUUAUGUUUGGCGUGAAGCGAGUGACCGCAAAUAAUAUCGAAACCUUUGCAUUUAUAUUAUUUCUGCUAGUUUUUGCUAUUGCUGCAGCUUCUUAUUUAUGGAUUAAAGGAAGCGAAGAUGAGUCGCGUAGUAAAUACAAGUUGUUUCUGGAGUGUUCACUGAUUCUUACUAGCGUAAUUCCUCCUGAGUUGCCUAUAGAAUUGUCACUAGCUGUGAAUAAUUCACUGAUGGCACUGCAGAAACUUGGUGUGUUUUGUACAGAACCUUUUCGUAUACCAUUUGCUGGUAAAAUCGAUAUAUGCUGCUUUGAUAAAACAGGAACUUUAACAACAGAUAAUUUAGUUGUUGAGGGAGUAGCUUUUGCGGAUUAUGUGUGUUCGGAUGAUGAAUGCCAUAUUCAUCGUUUACCAUCUGAAGCCCCACCAGAAUCAAUAAAAGUGCUAGUGACAUGUCAUAGUUUAGUACGAUUUGAUGAGGAUUUAGUUGGUGAUCCAUUAGAAAAGGCUUGUCUCGGUUGGGCCGAAUGGAAUUUAACAAAAAACGACACAAUGAUUCCUAGAAAAUCGAAAAUGCAGCCACUCAAAAUUUUUCAUCGGUAUCAUUUCUCCUCGUUCUUCAAAAGAAUGACGGUGAUCGCUGGUUAUGUUGCAGCUGGGACAAAUGAAACAAAACAUAUUGUAACUGUGAAGGGCGCUCCAGAAAUACUGGAGAGUAUGUACGAAACAGUCCCUGAAAACUAUAACCGGGCAUACCGAUAUUUGGCACGACAAGGUGCGCGAGUUCUUGCUUUAGGCAUUCGAGAAGUUGGAUCUUUAACCCAUCAAGAGAUACGGGAUCGAAAGCGAGAAGAUUUUGAACGAAAUUUGACAUUUGCUGGUUUUGUCGUUAUAUCAUGUCCCUUAAAACCAGACACUAAAGCGAUGGUGAAAGAAAUUGCGGAAUCAUCUCACAGAGUGGUGAUGAUUACUGGCGACAAUCCUCUCACUGCUUGUCAUGUUGCCAAAGUUCUUCGAUUCACGAGGAAGUCAACACCUAUUCUUAUUUUGGAUGAACCUCAAGGUGAUAACAAAUGGGUAUGGAAAUCAGUAAAUGAUGAUAGUGAAUUCAAUUUGCUAUUGAGCCCAAGUGUUGAAAUGGUGUCUUUUAUUAAUGAACAUGAGUUCUGUGUCACUGGACAGGCAUUUAUGUAUCUUCUCAAUAAGCAUACUAAGUUUCUGCGGCACAUUAUCCGUCAUAUAAAGAUAUUCGCCAGAAUGGCACCUAAGCAAAAGGAACGAGUUAUAAAUGAGCUUAAGGGACUUGGUUAUAUCACACUCAUGUGUGGAGAUGGUACAAACGACGUUGGUGCAUUGAAACAUGCUGAUGUCGGUGUUGCAUUACUUUCUCACCCAUAUGAUGCUUCAAAAGCUGGUGAAAAAAAGCGAAAGAAAGAAGAGGGAAAUAAAGCAAAUUCUUCCUCAGACCAUCUUUGUCAGCCUAUUUCGAAUUCACAUACUAAUUCAAGCAAUUCACUGAGCAUUGUAAAAAAACCUCUGGUACAGCAUUCAGCACGAAGGACGGAUGCACCCGCUGGUGCGAGACAAAUCAGGCAUAAUCCUAUAUCGAGUACUACCGCCAAGCAGCUUGAGCAGAUGAUGAAGGAUUUAAAAGAUGAAGAAAAGGUUCAAGUUGUUCGACUUGGCGAUGCUUCCAUAGCAGCUCCAUUUACUUCGAAAUACACAUCUAUACAGUCGAUAUGUCAUGUUAUCAAACAAGGACGGUGUACUUUGGUUACGACGUUGCAAAUGUUCAAAAUUCUUGCUCUGAACGCUUUAGUCCUUGCAUAUAGUCAGAGUGUACUCUAUUUGGAUGGAAUCAAGUUUUCUGACGCUCAGGCUACUAUCCAAGGUCUACUGCUUGCAGCAUGCUUCUUGUUCAUUUCGAGAUCAAAGCCACUCAAAACACUCGCCAGGCAGAGACCUACACCAAAUAUAUUCAAUGCAUAUACACUUCUUACGGUAUCUCUUCAGUUUGCCAUUCAUUUUGGUUGUUUGAUAUACGUUGUGCGAGAAGCUCAAGCAGCAGAUCCUCGCGAAAAAGUUGAUUUGGAAGCAGAGUUCAAGCCAAAUUUACUUAAUUCAGCGGUUUAUCUUAUGGCAUUGGCAUUGCAGGUGGCCACAUUUGCUGUGAACUAUCGGGGUCAUCCAUUUAUGGAAAGUCUGCUGGAAAACAAACCCAUGCUUUACAGUUUGUUGUUUUCUGCAUCUGCUGUAUUCACGCUAGCAUCUGGCAUAUCUCCAGAACUGACGGAGAAGUUUGAACUUGUUGAAUUGCCAGUCGGAUAUCGAAAAGCCUUAUUAAGUUGUAUAGUGGUGGAUUUGCUGGCUUGUUUUAUAAUUGAUCGAAUAUUGUGCUUUCUGCUUGGUGAUAUGAGACCUGCAUAA